GAUGCAGUUUCCACUCCAUCCCGUUCUGUCCAAUCCUAGCUGACGUCCUCCUCAUCCUCUAUCGUUCUUGAUUUGUAUCCGUUCAUCCCGUCAGAACUCAGAGGAUCAACAGAGCAUUGUUCUGCAGAGUUUUUGCUAGCUCUUCCUGCGACUCGAUCAUGAGCUACCAGCAGGGCUACCCGCCGCCGGGCACUGCAGCAGCGUACCCUCCGCCGGGCCACCAGCAGCAGGCCUACGUCGCGCCGCCGCCGGCUAUGUACCAGCAGGAUCAGCAGUACCCUCCUGCCGGCGCCGACACCACCAGCCGCGGCGGACACGGAACCGGCGGCGAUGGCUUCUUGAAAGGAUGCUGCGCGGCGCUCUGCUGCUGCUGCCUCCUCGACGCCUGCUUCUGAUCCACUUCGUCCCAUGUUUUUCGACCGGCACGAUCAGACGUGGCAUAUACUGUAGAUUAUAGAGUAUCGUCAUACUUAUUUUGCUUCUUUUUUAAACGUGGUUCAUGUGUUGAGUACUAGUCCCAGAACAGGAUUUUUUUUUUUGAGAGGCAGAACAAGAUUUCUUGUGUGUGAUAAAAAAAAAUUAACAAGUUCCUGUGUGUGAUAGAUAGACAUGUGAGAUUGAUCUGAUGGCCUUUUUAAAUGAAAUUCAGGAAUCUCGUCGGAGACCACCUCCAAAAUAAA